AUGGUUACAAGGCGAUCAGAAAAGAGCGACGGCCAGCCGGAAGAAACACCAAAGCAGAAAUUGCUAAACUGGAUCCGUGGCAAACUUCCUGUUGGGAUGCCCCUCACCAACUUCACAUCUGACUGGAAUGACGGCAUAGCAGUUGGAGCUCUGGUCAACGCCAUGGUACCAGGAGCAGUUUCCGAUUGGGAUCAGUGGACACCUGAACAUGCGUUAGAAAAUACGCAACGGGCAAUGCAAAUAGCUCAAGACCGAUUGGGUGUUGCUCCCUUAAUCACACCAGGCGAACUGAUUCAUCCUGAAAUUGACGAGAUGUCUGUGAUGACCUAUCUUUCUCAGUUUCCUGUGGCGAAGCUUGAUCAAGUUGCCAGAAAGCCAGAGCCUCCGGCUGAACCUAUUGCGUCUGGAUUUUUGGAAGGUUUGGAUCAGUUUCCGAAGAUCAACAUGCCAUCCGAAUUCGUUGUUAACGUUAUUGGUGAUGGCUACAGGCCGAAGAAUAUGCACGACUUCUUCGAUUUAGAUAGCUUUUCUGUGUGGGGUCGUGGUAUCAAUAGCGAAGGGAUCAGGGUUGGUGAAACGGUGCCUGUUCACGUCGAGGUUAAAGGUCAAUCAGCUGAAGUUGCGGACGACUUGUGUGUCCGAGUUGUGUCAGACGAAAACAUCGAGGUACCAGUGAAGCAACAAACGAAAGGGUCGCGAUCAACUUUCACUUACAAACCAACUAGGACUGGAGGGCACACUGUGCAUGUAACCAGCAGAGGUGAACCUGUUGGACAAAGUCCCUAUAAGAUUGACAUUCUACCGGCAACAAAGUCGCGAGUUCGUGCUUUUGGACCAGGGCUGGAAGGAGGUAUCGCCGAUCAGCAGAGCAUUUUUGGUGUGGAAACCAAUGGUGAUGCGGACAGAUUGGCGUUUUCGAUUGAAGGCCCGAGUAAGACAGAUAUUUUUUGUCAAGAUCAUGGAAAAGGAGCCGCUCUCGUCUCCUACACGCCCAAGCAACCUGGCGUUUACAAGGUCAAUGUCCUAGCAGGAGGUGAACACAUAGCCGAGUCUCCCUUCGUCUUGAAGGUUGAGCCAGCCAUAGCUGGCUUCCACCCAUCAGCGGCCCAGCUCACUGGCAUUGAUCAGGGCACCUAUUUUAUUCCUGGCGAACCAGCCUCUUUCCGGAUUGACACUCGAAAUACUGGAGCAAGCGACGAUGCUCCAUCAGUAGAAGUUUUGGAUAAAGAUCUAUCACUUGUACCACUCAGUGGCUCCCAAAUCGAUAAAGGCAUUUAUGGCUACAGUUUCGUACCAAAAACAGCAGGAAAACAUCAUAUCAGCGCCAGUCUGAAGGGUGUUGCGAUACCAGGAUCGCCAUUUCCGACUCUGCAACGCGGACGGCUGGACUUGAAACCAAAUUCUAUCGUAACGGUGAAUUGUGAGCAGGAAGUUCACGUUUUCACGCCAGAUGGUGACAACACUCGAAUCGUGAUCGUCAGUCCUUCCGGCAGCAUAGUCGAAGCUACCAUAGAGUCCACCGAAACGGGAUUUCGUGUGUGGUUCACUCCGUCGGAGAUUGGAGAUUACUCCAUAUCUGUUACAUACCGCGAUCUCCCCGUUGGAGCUCCGUACCUUCUGCACUCGGUACCAGACGGAAAUAAAGCAGAAGCAGAAUAUGUUGUCGCGAGGACUGGUCCACCAAGAGCCGACUUGGUCACAGUUACGGGACCCGGACUUGGUCCUGUUAUCGCUCAGCGAUCAACGCAUGUUUCUAUCGACACCACUUCAGCUGGAUUCGGUGACAUCGAUCUUUUUGUUGAUGGGCCAACAAGGACACCGAUACAUUGUGUGGACAAUCAUGACGGAACGCUUACAAUGUAUUACGUGCCACAAACUCCUGGCGUGUACUUUUUGCGAGUAAUGUUUGAUAGCAGUCACAUUGCUGGCAGCCCGUUUCAAGUGCUUGCUGUUCCAGCCAUACUGGCACCUUCUUUAACAGCUGAACAUGAUAUCUCGGAAGGCUCAUUUACAUCGAUGUCCAAUGGAUCGUCUACACCGAAAACAACGCCAUGUGCCUGA